AUGGCUUUUCUUUUCUUGGAAGACAUAGAUUUUCUGGAAGACAUGGAUAUUCCGGAAGCUAUGGAUUUGAUGGAAGAUGUGGAUUUUCAGGAAGACCUGAAUUUUUUGGAAGACAUGGAUUUUCUUGAAGACCCGAAUUCUCCGGAAGACCUGGAUUGUUUUGGAAGACAUUGAUUUGCUGCAAAACUGGAAGGUUUAUGGAAGACAUGAAUUUUGUGGAAGAUGUAGAUUUUUUGGAAGACUUGAAUCUUCAGGAAGACAUACAUUGGCUGGAAGACCUGGGGAUUUCCUGGAAGACAUGAAUUUUCUGGAAGACACGGCUUUAUAGGAAGUGCUGGUGGAAGAACAAGAUUUUUCUUGAAGGCAUUGGCUGGCUGGAAACCUGGAUUUCUUUUUUGGAAGACAUUGAUCAACUGGAAGACAUGGAUUUCAUUGUGGAAGACAUUAAUUUUCUGGAAGACAUAA